AGUGAUUGUUUUAUAAAUUCAAUGCACGUAAGCCACGUAUAACUCAGUCGAUUGGCGUUACAUUAUGUGGAGGAGAAUAUGUGUCGAACUUGAGACAACGCCGACGCACCUGCAGUGGCUGGCACCGUUUACCUGCAGCACAGGUCCGGAUGGCGCUCUGCAGCGAAAUAAACAGCGUGGGGCUCAGAGGAACAAGAUAAGAAAAACGGGUGACAGCAAGAGACAUCCAUGUCCAGCAGUCCUCGAGCAUUUUGACCAGCAGUACAGUGAAGAACUGGGGGAUUUGUGGGCACCGGCAAGAGCAGUGCUGCUGGACCCUCCUUCGUGGCAGUAUGGGGUCAUGUUAAACCGCUUCAGCUCCGUGACAGAUAUCGCACAGAUUCUUCUCUCUCGGGGCUUUUCAUCAUUGCUGCCGCAAGCAGAUGUCCCAGAGCUGUCUCGUAAUGAUGCCUCCACUGUGUCUAAUUCUACGCAUCAGAAAGGAACAGACACUCUGUCACAUCCCUGUUCCUCCAAGUGCCGUCCUGAGGACUUUCGUCUCCUGCCCUGCAUAACCUCCCAUCCGUUGGGGCAGCCCCAUCGGUCGGAGCUUCCUCUCCGUUUGCCUCGUUCAUCGUUACAAUGUUACAUCCACCCGCGGCCCCUGAGAUUUCCCUCCCAGGCUCACCGGCCGGGCCAGCUGAAGCAGUACUACCUCCUGAACGCGGCCUCCCUUCUUCCAGUGCUGGCUUUGCAAGUGCGCGACGGCGACACGGUUUUGGAUUUGUGCUCGGCCCCCGGAGGCAAAGCUGUCGCCAUAAUGCAAAGUGCAACUCCAGCUCUUCUCUGCUGUAAUGAGCCAGAUCCUCACAGACGGGCCUGGCUGGCCAAAACCCUGGAGUCCUUUCUGCCUCCCUCCCUGAGCAGCAGAGUGAUGGUGUCGGCACAGGACGGGCGCUCCUUCGGGAAAAGCGAAGCCGGCUUUUAUGACAAGGUUUUAGUUGAUGCUCCGUGUUCUAAUGACAGGAGCUGGCUGCAUUCUAGCUGCAGACACCAGGGGCAACAGAGGCUGGAAGACAGAGCCAAGCUGCCUGUGCUACAGACUCAGCUUUUAAGGUCUGCCAUAUCUGCAGUGCGUCCAGGGGGUGUUGUCGUCUACUCAACCUGCACACUGUCAAGCUUGGAGAACUGUGCUGUAGUUGAGGCUGUGCUGAACGACUUCCCUGGUGCUGAAGUUGAAAGUCUGUGGGAGGAGAUUGCUUUGCCUCUGUCAAAAUACUUUGCCUUUAUUUCACGCCCCGGUCAUAAACGGUUAGAUGCCAAGCCGUCCCUGUGUCCACCGACUGACGCGCCGUCCUGUUCUCACGACAAGCUCGGCAUUCUGGUGGUUCCUCAGCCUGGCAAGACCUGGGGGCCGAUGUUUUUGUCUCGAAUUAGAAAAAAGGGAUAAAACUUAACCUGCAGGGCAAAGAUCUUGCAACUCUUAAGGCCGGUCCUGUAUCAGUUCCAGCACUUCUUCUCACACAAGCUGUACAAAGCAGUUUAGAUGCAAACGCGUCAGGAUCGGCACAUCAGGGAUUUAAAGGGUCUCAAGGAGAGCAGCACUUGGUGUUCGGAGCUGCAGUGUCUCAGUUGAGGGUAACGUGCACGAGUGGGCGUAUUGUGUGAGAUUUUACAUUUAACCAGCAAAUAAAAAUAGAACAACGCUCGCAUCAAUCAUUCUUACCUCCAGCAAUUUUCAUCAGAGACAGAUUGAUGUUCGCUGGAUACUUGUAAUCAAUGUUUAAUAUGGCUAUGAGGAAAAUGACAAUGUGACAGUAAAGGAGCUGCUUGUACUGAUAAAACAGCAGAAAACUCAUAUUCAGUUUGUAUGUAUAGUUUCGCUUGUCCUCUAGUCUCAACCUGGGUUUUUGUCUGGAUCAAAAGGAUUUAUGUGAAGCGUUGGAUAUCCACAGAAGCUGGAAAAGACCACAAAACAGAUAAAACGAAGAGGGAUUUAUUCAUUAGGAGAUUAAACACUGCAGCUGAAGCAUCAUGUCGCUCUAUAGUAAAUGUAGACAAAAAUAGCAGCACUUAGAUAACAAGCUCUGUAUAUCAACUUUAAAGUGGAUAACACGAUGUCUUCAGCCUUUGGAUUUAAAACUUCAGUCUGUUACGGAAAUCUCCUCUGUUUCGUUUGCCGGUCCGUAAUCUUCUUUUUACUGGAUAUUAUUUAGAAUUGAUUUAAGAUGGAAAUCCCAUCAAUCUGAAAAUACGCUUGCAGCCAAGAACGAUCAACUAAUCCUCUGUAUGAGGUGAAAGAAUAUGGACCUUCUACAUCCAGAUCUAUUAGAAAGCAAGUAACCACGACUGUUGGAGUAGGUGUCAGAUGUUUUACUCAAAACUAACUCAGUAUUGAUGGAAACUUUUUUAUUUUACAGGCAAAAACUCUUGUAAAACAUAACUAAGCAAAAUGUAAAUAUCUUUUAUUUGCAGAACAUCUUUUCUGUUCAGAACAAAUAAAUUGGAAUUGCUUAUUGUUGAUGAAAA